CAGCGCUGCGGGCGGGCGCCCAGGUAGCUCGGGAGCCCAAACCUGUCGGGCCGGUUUUGAGAGCCGCGGGGACACGGGCUGGUGAAGGAUGCACGGCCUGCCCCGCGCUCCGUCCGCACCCCAGGCCGCCUGAGCCCCGUCCUGCCUGCCCCGCAGUCCCCCGGCCGACCCCAUGACGCGCGUACCCGGCCUCCUGGCGCCCCUGCUUGGCCUGGGGCUGGGGCUGGGGCUGGGGCUGAUCCUGAACUCGCUGGGGGCAGGGGCCGCGGACUGCAGGUCCUUCGGCCGCGCAGAGCGCCUGGUGUUCGCCCCGGCGGCCAGGGUCCGUUGGCUGGCUCCUCGCGACCGCCCGCCGGGGCCCCUGAACCCCCUGUACGGCACCGUGCGCCGCUUCCUCUCCGUGGUGCAGUUCAACCCCUUCCCCGCCGAGUUGGUAAAGACCUUGCUGAAUGAGCCGUCCUCCGUGAAGGUGGAUGAGGUGGUGCGGUAUGAGGCUGGCUACGUGGUGUGUGCUGUGAUCGCGGGCCUCUACCUCCUCCUGGUGCCCAUCGCCGGGCUCUGUUUCUGUUGCUGCCGCUGCCGCCGGCGCUGUGGGGGCCGCGUGAAGACGGAGCACAAGGCCAUGGCUUGUGAGCGAGGCACCCUCAUGGCCUUCCUGCUGCUGACCACCCUCGUGCUACUCAUUGGUGUGGUCUGUGCCUUUGUCACCAACCAGCGCAUGCAUGAGCAGAUGGCCCCCGGGGUGGAGGCCGUGCCCGAGACUCUGCUCAGCCUCCGGGGCCUGGUCUCCGAUGUCCCCCAGGAGCUGCAGGCCGUGGCACAGCAGUUGUCCCUUCCCCAGAAGCGAGUCUUGGAGGAACUGGAUGGUGUCGGCAAGAGCAUUGGGAGCACGAUCUACACCCAGCUCAAGAGUACCGUGUAUGAAGUGCUGACCUCAGUGAACAGCCUGGGCCAGGCCCUGCAGCUCUCUAUGGAUCACCUCCAAGCCCUGAAUGCCACCUUGGUGGAGCUGCGGGAGGGCCAGCGGGACCUGGAGCCAGCUGUCCGGGAGCGCCGGGAGCACCUCCUCACCCUGCUGCAGGAGCCUGGCUGCCAGGACUGCACAGAGGCCCAGAGCCGAGCCCGUGCCCUGGAGCUGGGAGCUGACUUUGACCAGGUGUCCCCAGUGGACGAUGUCCUGCAUCGGCUGAAGGGUGUCCCAGAGGCCAACUUCUCCAGCAUGGUCCAGGAGGAGAACAGCACCUUCAACGCACUCCCGCUCCUGGCAGCUUUGCAGACGGCCAACGUGGUCAAAGAGCUGAAGAAGGUGAUAGCCCAGAAGCCUGAAGGGCUGAGGACACUGGCCGAAGAGUUCCCAGGCUGGGAGGCAGCCUCUCGCUGGAGCCAGGCGCUGGAGGAGGUGGAACAGAGUAGCCGCCCCUACCUGAAGGAGAUGCAGAGAUAUGAGAAAUACAGGUGGAUUUUGGGCUGCGUGUUGUGCUCUGCAGUCCUGCUUGUGGUGGUCUGUAAUCUGUUGGGCCUCAACCUCGGCAUCUGGGGGCUGGCUGCCAGGGAGGACCCCGGCCACUCGGAAGCCAAGGGCGAGGCUGGAGCCCGCUUCCUCAUGAUGGGUGUGGGCUUCAGCUUCCUCCUUGCCGCACCCCUCAUCCUCCUUGUUUUCGCCACCUUCCUGGUGGGCGGCAAUGUGCAGACGCUGGUGUGCCGGAGCUGGGAGAGCAGAGAGCUCUACAAGUUUGCAGACACCCCAGGGAACUUGCCCCCAUCCAUGAACUUGUCUCAGCUUCUUGGCCUGAAGAAGAACAUCAGCAUCCUCCUGGCCUAUCAGCAGUGCAAGGAAGGGGCCGCGCUCUGGAGCGUCCUGCAGCUCAAUGACUCCUAUGACCUGGAGAAGCACCUGAAUAUCAGCCAGUAUACCGCCAAGCUGCAGCAGGAGUUGCAGAACCUUAAAAUAGACGUGAAGAACCUGGACCUGCUGAGCCCAGCCGCCCACCGGGACCUGGAAGCCCUGCAGAGCAGUGGGCUGGAGAACAUCCACUAUUCCACCUUCCUUGAUCAGAUCCAGAAGCCUGUGGUGAACACCGACGUGGAGAAGCUGGCUCAGGAGCUGGAAGGACUGGCCCGGACCCAAGGCAGUUCUGUGCUGGGGCAGCAGCUGCAAGAGGAAGCCCAAGGGCUCAAAAACCUCUAUCAGGAGAAGGUCCUCCCCCAACAGAGCCUUGUGGCCAACCUCAACCUCACUGUCAGGGCCCUGGCAUCCUCAGCCCCGAAUCUCCAGACAGAGACCUCUCGUGUCUUGGACAAUGUCACUUACCUAAAAGGACAGCUGCCUACCUGGGCCACCAGUAUCUUGAGGAAUGAAAGUGAGUGUUUCCUGACCCGAGAGAUGGGUUACUUCUCCCAGUACGUGGCCUGGGUAAGAGAGGAGGUGACUCAGCACAUUGCCACCUGCCAGCCUCUCUCCCGAGCCCUGGACAAUGGCCGUGUGAUCCUGUGUGACAUGAUCGCUGACCCCUGGAAUGCCUUCUGGUUCUGCCUGGCAUGGUGCACCUUCUUCCUGAUCCCCAGCAUCAUCUUUGCCGUCAAGACCUCCAAAUACUUUCGUCCCAUUUGGAAACGCCUCAGCUCCACCAGUUCUGAGGAGACUCAGCUCUUCCGCAUCCCCCGGGUCACCUCCCUGAGGCUGUAGGACCCCAGUAGGGAUGUUUGCUGGCUGUUCGGUGAUGCCUGAUGCCGCCUGCCUCCCUCCCCUUUGACUCGGACUGGACCAGAGAACACCGUUGCUCUUGCUCUGAGCCCAGACUGGCAUCAAGCUUGGAUUGUCCCUCAACUCCAGUUACCUGACCCCAUUUUGCCUAUUUCUUUCCCACCCCCUUGCUGCUCAUGGACCCCUUUUUUCAUUCUCAAAUGUACACGUGACUUUUGGUGAGCUACAGGAGCCAACAGGUUCUUCCAGGUGUCGAGCCCUUACCCUCCUCGCUGCAAUAUAUUAGCACCAGGAAGAGCCUGUUCUCCAUCUAUUGGAACCCCUUCCUCAGCCCCCGGGGUGAGACGACGAGGCCCCGCCCAACCCCAGUCUGUCACCAUCUGCCCCGCCCCCUGUCCACUCCUCUCUAAGCUCCUGCUCCUUUUCCUCAUCUGACCCGCCCACCUGUCCCAGCUUCACUCUGCUCCAGCCCUUAUGUCCUCUCCCCAGGGAAGCCCUUUUCCCCACUUUGUCCCCUCUCUACCUUAUCCCGCUACCUUGCUGGUACCCAGGGACCCCCUCCUGCCCAACCAAACUAAUCAGGUAAAGCCACCAAGUAGGCCAGGGGCCACCAGGGCUCUGCCUCACAGCUCUCGAGCCCUCCACUACCUAGGGACCUGGACCCUCCACAGGUCCUGACCUGGAUUUCUGGCCCCCCAGUGGGGCGAAGGAGGUCUGUUUGAAGGCUGAGCCCCUUGCCCGUACCCUAGGUUGGAAAUAGUGCUAUUUGUCCUGCAGUUCCUCUCUGAGCACUGGUUUUCUAGGAAGGGACUUGGGACCCCAGAAAGCAGCCUCUUCGACAGUUCCCACCCAGCUUUCCUGGAAGAGAUCUGGUGACCACAACAGGAUUUUUCCCUGUGGCCCUUACUCCUUCUAUCCUAUGCAUGUGGCCUAGGGUUAUCCCUAGUCCAUCCCUGUGCCCUCUCUGCAUGCUGGAUGCUGAGUUCUAGAAACAGGGAGGAGGAGGAGAGAGAAGAGAUGGACAAAACCUCGGAUCCAUGGAAGUGUUCUCACUUCCUAAGCCUUGGCCAUGGAUCUUUAACACCAGCUUUCCCAGGCUACAGCCUGGUGUUUGGUGAGUUUUUUUGGAGAGGAGAAACCAAGGCCUCCUCUAACCAUAGACAUCCAGGAUCACCCCAGCAAUCAGCAGGUGGGGAGUGGGACCCACUCUGGGAGCAGGCAGACCUGGGCGCACAUCCUGGCUUUAACGCUAGGUGGCCAGGACACCUUGAACAUGUUAUGUGUGUUCCCUAGACCUCAGCUUCUCCAUUUGCAAAAUGGAAAGAGUAGUCACAACCAGCUCCUAGAGCUGUGACAUUGCAUGGAAAGCCCUUAGCAGGAGUCUGCCACAAAACAAGUGCUCAAAUGCUGCUUUUUUUUUUUUUUUUUGCCAUGACUGUUCUGGGCCAGGGGCCGAGCUGGGUCUUGGCAGGUACAAGGGAGGAGGGAGAUGGGUCCCUGUUCAAAGGCGCAAAGCCCCUUAAGAUUGUAGUCUGCUGAGUUUUGGAGGGUGUCUAUGUUCAAUUGCAUCUUACAGAGCAGCAAUGGAUUGGCUACUAGAAAGUAGGACGGUGCAUGCACAACGCGCUGUCAUUAUUGCAAGCACACUCCAGACAGGCAUCCUUGAAUGUAGCACAGUUGCUUCUCUUUGGCUUUUCCCCGAAGCUUCUUUGCCUUGUCUCUCAUCCGUUGGCCUCUGCAGGGGAACCGUGGCACCCUGCGUGUUAAGAAUGAAGUUGAUGGGAUAAAAAUAGAGGACGAUUAAAAAUCAUUUCUGGUUCUCCAGCAAAGCUCUCUACCUUGUCCUUCACAUAUGUGGGCAUGCUGCACAUAGUUAUUUUAAUAACUCCCUGAUACGGA